AUGAUGCUUAGCAGCUCUGUCGAGGUGCCCAGUCCCGUCCACGGUGGCAUGUCCGGUCUCUCCGGGAUGAGGGUGGCAGUGGUGGGGAACGUCGUCCGGUCCUCCAGUAUCUCGGGAGCCAUGUACAGCCUGGAGAAGAGUCCCGGGAGUGGCGGUCGGCCAGGAGAGGUGGGGACGCUGGCCGGAAACAAGAAGAGACGCUCAAGCCUUGGAGCCAAGAUGGUGGCCAUCGUGGGUCUGUCGCAGUGGAGCAAGAGCACUCUGCAGCUCAAUCAGCAAGAAGAACGAGCGAAGAAGUUACGCAGUACGAUCAGACGGAGCACGGAGACGGGCAUCGCUGUGGAGAUGAGAAAUCGAGUCACGCGACAGGGUAGCAAGGAGUCCACCGACGGCAGCACCAACUCCAACAGCUCAGACGGAACGUUUAUCUUCCCCCCUACUCGUAUGGGUCCAGAGAGCCAGUUUAGUGACUUCCUGGAUGGACUAGGCCCCGCCCAGAUCGUAGGCCGACAGACACUAGCCACUCCCUCCAUGGGUGACAUCCAUGUGGGUAUGGUGGACAGAGGAGGCCAGCUAGAGGUGGAGAUCAACCAGGCCAGAGGACUGACCCCUAAACCAGGGUCAAAGAACAUCCCAGCAACCUAUGUAAAGGUGUAUGUGUUGGAGAAUGGGGCAUGUCUGGCUAAGAAGAAGACCAGAGUGGUGAAGAAGACUCUAGACCCCUCCUACCAACAGGCCCUGCUGUUUGAAGAAAGUCCUCAGGCCAAAGUCCUACAGGUGAUUGUGUGGGGUGACUAUGGGAGGAUGGACCACAAGUGUUUCAUGGGCAUGGCUCAGAUCAUGCUGGAUGAGUUGGACCUUGGUGCCACGGUGAGCGGAUGGUACAAGCUGUUCCCCACCUCGUCUCUGGCUGACCCCAGCAUCGGACCCCUCACACGGCAACUGUCCCAGUCCUCACUGGAGAGCUGUGCCACCAGCCCCUCCUGUACCUAGACAGAGAGAACUAUAUACUCACACUCACACUCACACUCACACACACACACACACUCAUCAUGCAGAUAUGUUAUACACGCAGAAACGCAGUCAGACGUGUUUACAUGCAGGCUUCUGCAUACACACGUGCCCA